GCAUUAGUGUCUCGUAUAUAUUCAUUUACAUAAGUGACGCUUACCUAUUUAAUAAAUUACACUGUUAAAGCAAUCGUCUGCUCACUGUUUUUUUCUUUUUUAAAAAGACUGUUGCUUCCUUUAAUUACUUACGUUAUAAUAUUUUCCUAAAUAAGCGUUAACAUGUCACUUAGCUUCGAUCCCUCCAAUGUAGCUGACCAGCUUCAACGCACCUUUUCAGGCUUUACCGAUGACUUCGUUGUCGAUGCAAAGGAAAUCAUCCUUAACACAUGCAAGUUCUUUCCACUUCAUGAAAUUGGCGUCUCUUUCAAUGGCGGAAAAGAUUGUGUUGUAGUAGUCGAGCUCAUUCGUGAAGUGCUUGGGCUAGAGGCACUGAAGCAAGUUAUUUUUUUUUUCUUGGAAAAUCCGGAGUCUGAAUUUCUAGAAAUGGAACAGUUUCGAAACAAGUACUUUAAAGAGCGUCUACCGGGGAUUACACUACACAAAAUAGACUCACGAGAUGGCAUGUUGCAGGGCCUCUGGCGUGUGAAACGGCAGUUUGGGAUUAAGGCUUCCUUUAUGGGAACUCGCAGGGACGAUCUUUCUCAACCACCGUCGUUUCCAUGGGAACCCAACACCGUCGAAUGGCCGACCAUGCUGCGUGUAUACCCCAUUUUACACUGGUCAUAUCGCAAUGUUUGGAAUUAUAUACUUUCAGCGAAUGUGCCCUUUUGCGUACUUUAUUCUUACGGUUAUACAUCCCUUGGCGACUGCCGUUCCACAUACAAGAAUUCGAAGUUGUUAAUAAGUGGAGGAGAGUACGCACCGGCGUGGAUGUUGCAGACAAGCGAACAUGAACGCGAGGGGAGGGAGGAAAGUAGAGGGAGAAUAAAACGCGUAUAGAUUCGCCCACUUAUUCUUUUAGUUGCUCCAUAGUUAAAACCUGCACUUUAUUCCUCACAAUGCGUAUAUGUACAAAUAUAUAUAUAUAUAUAUAUAUGUGUAGUUCGUGCAUUUCCACCGUAAUACCAUGUCUGCAUCCAAAAUUUGUCUACAUAGGCAUUCAUAU